AUGCCAAAGGCUGGGAACGCUCCGUUGAGCGCCCUCUUUGGGCUGAACAAGCCGACAGGCGUCCCCUCGAUGACGCUCCUCAACCGCUUGCAGCCCUUGUUCUCCGCGUCGGAGCUCUUCAGGGACCCUAACAAUGCGAAUGAGCAGGAUCAGGGAGGCAAGGGGUGGAAGAAGGGCAAGAAGGGUAGGGGCAGGAGGGCCGACAAGGUCAAGAUGGGCCAGGGAGGGACGCUUGAUCCGCUCGCAGACGGUGUACUCGUUGUCGGCACGAACGCAGCGACGAAAUCCCUCUCCCGCUUUCUCGACUGCACGAAAGAGUACCGCGCUAUCGGUCUUCUCGGCUGCUCGACUGACAGCUACGACUCUGACGGGAAGCGGGUCAAGAUGGCGAGCUGGCAAGGCAUCACGAAGGAGAAGGUCGAGGAGGUCUUGGGACGGUUCAGGGGAGAGAUUGAGCAGACGCCGCCUGUCUACUCCGCGCUGAAGAUGGACGGCAAACCUCUCUACGAAUACGCCCGCAGCAACACUCCUCUUCCCCGCCCCAUCCCUCCUCGAAAAGUCACCGUCCACUCGCUUGAGCUCCUGCGCUUCGCAAACGGUGACGAGCACACAUACGAGUACCCCAAAGAGGAGUUGGAGGAGGACAAGAAAAAGGAGCUGGAGCGAUUGGAGAAGAUGGUCAAGGAGGGACGGACAACGGUGCCUAGCGAAGAGGAUGUUGCGCAGGGUGAUGAGGAUGCGACUACGAGUGCGCCUGCUGAGGCGAACACGAGCGAGGCAGGGCCUUCAGACUCCACCGUCUCCCGCCCUCCUAUCUUUGAGAUCCACCUCACCGUCUCCUCCGGCACCUACAUCCGCUCCAUCGUGCACGACAUCGGCCUCGCCCUCGGUUCCGUCGCACACGUCGUCAAGCUCACGCGAACACGGCAGGGCGAGUUCGUGCUCGAGCCGCCGAGCGCCUCAACUGUCCUCUCAGCUGGCGAUGGCGCGGAGAAGAAGGAAGGAGAGGAAGCGGAUGUCGUGAAGGAGAAGGCGGCGGACGGGCUGGAGCUCGAGACCUUCACAGGCGGGUGCGUCGAGUGGAGCACGCUGGAGAAGGCAAUUGAAGAGCAGGCCAAGGCGAAGAAGGAGGGACGGGAAGUCGAGGGACGGGAUCAGGACGGGUGGUUGGAGUGGGAGAGGGAGUUGCUGAGGAAGUGCAAGCGGGUGUAG